CGAUAGGAUAAUUUCCCUUUAUAUAGAUAUUGCAAUCGAACUUUAACUGUAACUUUAGCCACGUAUAGCGAUACGAAGGAAAGAUAUACGCGAAUGCGUGUUUGAAAUUGCUCCGUCGAAACGAGGCUGCCUCGUUACGAAACGUGUGCACCUUUUAGUUAUUUUCAUCUCGUUAUAGACGCAUAAUCUUAGCUAUUUUUCUUCCAUAUCUUUUUCUUUCCACAGUAAUUACAAUCGAUCGCAAAAAACCUGUCUCAAAGUAGUUUCUGACAAGCGAAAGAAAGAAAGAAAGAAAAAUAUCACGUUGACCAAACCGCAAAAAUAUGUCGUCUCGGGGGAAAAGGGAAGGAUCGAAAAAAAUGAAGAGAUGCCACCGUGAGUUAUUUGACGACACUGUAGACACCGUGGUGGCGCACGCAAGUCGAAUGGAAAGACCGUGGUGUUGGUACGUGCACGUGAAACAUCGGCCCCUUUGAUAUGGCAAACGAGACGCGUGGGUUGCGCGUUCGUCGACUGAAGAAUGCACCUUGUUUGCCCAGCAAAGGAGCUGAAAGUAUGCGGGAGCGUGAGAAGCGGCGGCGAGGUGUGCUGUUCCGCGGACAUGGAGGUGAGACUGCAGGCGAGGGCACGUGACAAACAUGAGAAAGCCACCAAAGAAACUCUUCAACGGUUGCACCAAGUCCUGUCCACGAGAGGGUCCAGGUUCCACAGCUUCUUCAAGGAUCUCUUCGCCAAUAGCAAGAGGGUCUUUCACGAGAUGUUUAAGAAGACUUACGGUACCCUCUACGAGCAGAAUGCGUACGUGUUCACGGACUUAUUCAAGGAAUUGGAGAAUUAUUACGCCAAGGGAACGGUGGAUCUCGACGACACCAUGGACAAUUUCUUCAACACCCUCUAUCAGAAAAUGUUCACCGUGUUGAACAGCCAGUACAAUUUCGACAAUAAGUACAUGGAAUGCGUAGGAGAGCACAUGAAAGAGAUAAGACCGUUCGGCGAUGCCCCGCAGAAACUCGGGGUGCAGAUCAAGAGAUCGUUCGUCGCUACGAGGGCGUUCAGCCAAGCCUUGACCGUAGCUGCCGACGUCUUGAAGAACAUGCAAUCGUUGAAGCCAUCGGCGGAGUGUGCAGCCGCGCUCACGAGGAUGACCGUCUGCCCUUCGUGCAGCGGGAUCGCCGGCAACGUGUUGGCGUGCGGCGACAUGUGUGCCAACGUGAUGAAGGGUUGCCUUGCUCAGCAUGCGGCUCUGGACACUGAAUGGAAUCACUUCGUCGAGGCCGUGGACAAAGUGGCCGACCGGCUGUUGGGUCCUUUCAACAUCGAGAUGCUGGUACGACCGCUCAACUUGAAAAUCUCGGAGGCGAUCAUGAACUUUCAAGAGAACAGUAACGACGUCUCUCAAAGGGUGUUCACAGGCUGCGGUCGGCCCGUGUUGGGCAGGCGCAGACGUCGGGACAAUCGGGAAUUGGAGCUGGAAUCGUUGAAUUUCGAUCAGGACACGUUGACGGACGAUCGCGUCUCGGCCGCUGCCAUUCUCGACAAAUUGGUGAAAGAGACGCGGCAGAGAGUAAGAGAUUCGAGGCAAUUUUGGGUUUAUCUGCCUUACAAGAUUUGCAACGACGGCCUUGUCGUGCCUCCUAGCAACACCAAGGAAUGCUGGAACGGCACGCACGUCGACAAAUAUAUUUAUCCGGUGUCGUCGAAUGGCGAGGACCAGAAAUUGAAUCCAGAAGUGCUUAGCACGGGAUCAAGACCGACAAUCGUUAGGGACCAAGUGUUCGCGUUGACCACCAUCACGAAUAGACUGAAAUCCGCGUACAAUGGGCAGGACGUUGACUGGAUAGAUACGGAGGACACGGAGUGGAACGGUUCCGGAAGCGGAUCCGGGGACAGCACGGACCAAGAUCCGAUCACGGACGACGAGGAUGGUUUCAAGGAGGGUUCAGGGUACGAGGCAAAGUAUUCGCCAGAGGCCCCCAAGCAAUCGCCACCGGCCGUUCAUUCGGAAGUGGUGCCUCCGAGGGUGGAGGUGGAUCAGAAGACGAGCGUCAUCGUCAACAACAACAACAACAACAACAACAACAACAAUGAUAACAACAACAGCAACAACAACGGCACGUCCAGCGUGGACAGCGGGGCGAGCAGACAGAAGAUAUCACUGUCACGCGCCCUGACGACGUACCUCGUGCCCAUAGUGGUGAUGUGGUUCGGUGGCUGCCUCACCGAGUGGCUGUGAUCGUGUUGGAAUAACGUGCAAGGAAACGGAUGUAAAUAAAUUAUCCCUUUGAAAAAGAAAAAGAGAAAAGAAA